AUGAUGCAAAGUGCUGCUGUUAUACCGACAGAAAGCCCGGUAAAGAGUCUACCAGAAAUUCUCGGAGUGCCAAUGCAACAAAUCCCACAGUGCGCCGGCUGCAGCCAGCAUAUCCUGGACAAGUUCAUCCUGAAGGUGCUGGACCGGCACUGGCACUCGAAGUGCCUGAAGUGCGCUGACUGUCAGGCGCUGUUGGCGGACAAGUGCUUCGCACGCGCGGGAAAUGUCUACUGCAAGGAAGAUUUCUUCAAGCGCUUCGGGACCAAGUGCGCCUCCUGCCAGCAAGGCAUCCCACCCACGCAGGUGGUGCGUAAGGCGCAGGACUUUGUGUAUCACCUGCACUGCUUCGCCUGCGUCAUGUGCAGCCGGCAGCUGGCCACCGGUGACGAGUUCUACCUGAUGGAGGAUGGCAGGCUGGUGUGCAAGGAGGACUACGAGACAGCCAAGCAGAACGAUGACUCAGAGGCUGGAGCCAAGCGACCACGGACCACCAUCACCGCCAAGCAGCUGGAGACCCUCAAGAGCGCCUACAAGAACUCACCAAAACCGGCGCGCCACGUUCGCGAGCAGCUCUCCUCAGAGACAGGCCUGGACAUGCGGGUGGUGCAGGUGUGGUUCCAGAACCGACGCGCAAAGGAGAAGCGUCUGAAGAAGGACGCCGGACGGCACCGCUGGGGCCAGUUCUACAAAAAUGCCAAGCGGAACCGGGCCGGCAAGGCGGAGAAGGAGAGCUCUGCAGAGGAUGGGGGGCUCAGUGACAGCGAGCUAAGCUUCAGAGAAGAUCAGAUGCUGCCCGACCUGGGACACUCCAACGGGCUCUACGGGAGCGUGGGCGAUGUCGGAAGCACAAGCCUCUUAAAUGGGGGCUUCUCUCUGGAUAGCGGCGGGCAGCCAUACCACGAGUUACGGGCAGGCAGCCCCUACGGCCUCCCCCAGUCACCGUCCUCCAUCGCCUCCCUGCCCAGCCACACCCCGCUCUUAGGCAGCUUGGCCUUCAACAUGGACAGCUUGGUGGGGCAGGGAGCCCAAGGCACUACGGGCCAGGCGACACGAUCCAUGGCGGGUGGGCCCACUUCUGACCUCUCCACAGAGAGCAGCACGGGUUACCCAGACUUCCCCACCAGCCCCGGCUCCUGGUUGGACGAGAUGGACCACUCCCAGUUUUAA